GUCACUUGAUGACUGGAUGCUUUCUUUCCUGUUCCUCUAGUAGCCGCUCCGCUAGUCGGCACCGCUGGGCGUGUGUUUCUGUGCAAUUAAACAGAUGCCAAGAGCGGCCAGAGGUUUGAUGUGUCUGGACGGGAGGAGCAGCUGCUGUCAGUGAGAUAAAGGAGCUGUUAUGGAGGAGCACUUGCUAAGUACCAGAUAUUCCAUCCCAAUUGCCGACUGCUCAGCAACAGGAGUGCUUCCCCAUCUGGGAGUCAGCGAGGAGGAGAAAAACCGUCUGCCUUGUGAAUCUCCCCGGUCUUCGUAUUCCGUGGCUUGCCUGAGCCCCUCAGCCCCUCAGACGUCCUGCAACCAGCCGGGCUGCAGAGUGGAAUCGCCAAGACCCAUAAGUCCUGAUGUCUCUUCUCUGGCACCAGAACGCUACGGUACUGAGGAGGUUAGGCGUCGACUCAGAUGCCCCUCCGCUCCAAGAAGCUGUACCUCGCUGGCUGCUUCCGUCUUCUCUCAGCAGUUGCCAAAAAGGGAGAGAACACCAAGCAUCUGCGGUGCAAAGUUAACCGACCAUCAUUCAUCAGACCAAAUACUUAGUGACUCCUGGGCCUCUGCUCUCCCAAGCAUUAAAUGGCAGAACAGAAAGCAAACUGUCUACACUUCAUCCUACACAUCAGACUACUGGGCCUGUGCUCUCUCCACCACCUUUGUCCCACCUAAAGAUCGGAAUUCACCCGAUUGGGACCCCGAUGAGGAAUACCAGGCAUUGCUUGAUUUUGCUUACCCCUUACGGCCCAGUUAUUCCAUCUCCAAGAAUUCCUUAGACGACGAUUAUCUGGAUUCUGGGAUUGCGGCUGACAGCUCUUUGUCCUCGCUGUCAAACACGUUGACAUCAAAGAGUGCCAUGUCCCCCGCCUACCUUUCUACCGUCAACGAUAGUGCCAACGGCACCUGGGACUGUGGAAGCUGGACACAAAGCAGGGAUCCUCUCCCUGAAUCCUCCAGUCCUUUGCAUGGGUAUGUCCAGCCUCCCUCCCACUUGAUGUCCUGCAGGACUGGUUCUGCUCCGGUUUCCUUUGGGGAAUGUUCUCCCAUCAAUAAAAAGCAGUUUUCAGCUAGUCUUCCCGACACUUCAGUCUCUGAUGAGACAUUGACCUCUCCUAGCGUUCUCUCCAAACGUUCGCUGGAAAAGUGUUCCAACCACAGUAGAGCGAGACCGACAAAACCCUAUACCAGCUUGAUACGCACCACACAGAUCCUUCCCUUGCGUAGCGAAUGGGGGAACGAUGAUGAAUAUCUGUCUCUUCCCAUUCAGCUGAAUGAACUGCAGGGGCUAGCUCAGCACCUAGAAAAUUUCUCCCUGCAUCUGGAUGACCAAGCAGUCGACGUGAGCUACACGAAAAAGGAGAUCGAUGAGGAAACGUCAAGUUUGGGGAUUCAAGGUGGCGCGGAAGAUCUUGAGAUGAAUGACGAGAGCAGCAAUGGUGACUAUCCCCCACAGGGCUGCCUACAGCGCAGCACUCCUGCAAUCCAGCACCCAGAUCCGGAGUGUCAAGAUACAAUUACGGAACUGGAAAAGGCCUCUGGCUUAAUAAACAGGUUGUGCAGGCAGCCCGGUCCGCCAUCGGAGGCCAACCAAUGGCAAAGUCCCAUUGAGGAGCAGGAGCACGACCAAUCUCUACUGGUUCACAUUCAGAAUUUCAGCGGUAAACUGGAAGAGCUUGUCCAGUGGUUACGCACAGUCGCUGAGACAACAGAGCACUGGAUACCACCAGAGCCUGAGAUUGAAAGUAUCAAGUCGUCUCUGAAUUUGUGUAUGGCGUUUAAGACUGAUGUCAAUGAACACCGUGGGCUGACUGAGGCAGUGCUGAAUUGUGGUGAAGUUCUGCUCCAGUCAAUGACUUCCACCACCCCAAUUCUCAAGGACACCCUUGGAUUGAUCGCAAACCAAUCAGCAGAGCUGGACCGACACUCUAAGCGUCUGUACUCAUCCAUUCUUCCUGCCAUGGAUAUUGUGAAGAAUGAACUGGAAACUGACACCUCCAACAAACAGGCAUUGCAGAUGGGCGAGAUGAAAGAUGGCACUGACAAGAUGCAUGAAGCCAUAUGAACUUGAAUCAUC